AUGACGUUUUCCCAUGCGGUUGUGAUGACGUCGUCUCUCUCCGUCGCCCUGCACGGGGGCGGUCGCGUGCUCAGCAUUCAGUCACAUACCGUCCAGGUGCCCCACUCAGGUGUUUCUCAGGCGCCCAUCUCAGGUGUUUCUCAGGCGCCCCUCUCAGGUGUCUCUCAGGUUCCCCUCUCAGGUGCCCAUCCCAGGUGUCUCUCCAAUGUCUCUCAGGGGUAUGUGGGCAACAAGGCGGCGGUCUUCCCCCUGCAACUGCUGGGCUUCGAUGUGGACCCCAUCAAUUCUGUGCAACUCUCCAACCACACUGGGUCCAUCACUCCUCCCACCUCACCACAUGCCCCAUGCAUCUGUCCCAUUCGUGCUGCUGCUGCAGGGUACCCCACGUGGAAGGGGCAGACACUGGACGGAGAGCAGUGCAGGCUACCCCACGUAGAAGGGGCGGAUACUGCCCCACGUGGAAGGGGAGGAUACUGCCCCACGUGGAAGGGGCGGAUACUGCUAGCCCACGUGGAAGGGGCAGAUACUGAGUGGGGAGCAGCUGUGGGCGCUGAUAGAGGGGCUGGGAUAGCGCCUGUGCAUCCUGAGCCUUGGAGCAGCAGCCUGGGUGCGUGCUGGGUGCAUGCACCCUCAAGCAGCCUGGGUGCGUGCUGGGUGGAUGCACCCUCUAGCAGCCUGGGUGCGUGCUGGGUGCAUGCACCCUCUAGCAGCCUGGCCUGGGUGCGUGCUGGGUGCAUGCACCGUCUAGCAGCCUGGGUGCGUGCUGGGUGCAUGCACCCUCUAGCAGCCUGGGUGCGUGCUGGGUGCAUGCACCCUCUAGCAGCCUGGGUGCGUGCUGGGUGCAUGCACCCUCUAGCAGCCUGGGUGCGUGCUGGGUGGAUGCACCCUCUAGCAGCCUGGGUGCGUGCUGGGUGCAUGCACCCUCUAGCAGCCUGGGUGCGUGCUGGGUGCAUGCACCCUCUAGCAGCCUGGGUGCGUGCUGGGUGCAUGCACCCUCUAGCAGCCUGGGUGCGUGCUGGGUGCAUGCACCCUCUAGCAGCCUGGGUGCGUGCUGGGUGCAUGCACCCUCUAGCAGCCUGGGUGCGUGCUGGGUGCAUGCACCCUCAAGCAGCCUGGGUGUGUGCUGGGUGCAUGCACCCUCUAGCAGCCUGGGUGCGUGCUGGGUGCAUGCACCCUCUAGCAGCCUGGGUGCGUGCUGGGUGCAUGCACCCUCUAGCAGCCUGGGUGCGUGCUGGGUGGAUGCACCCUCUAGCAGCCUGGGUGCGUGCUGGGUGCAUGCACCCUCUAGCAGCCUGGGUGCGUGCUGGGUGCAUGCACCCUCUAGCAGCCUGGGUGCGUGCUGGGUGCAUGCACCCUCAAGCAGCCUGGGUGCGUGCUGGGUGCAUGCACCCUCUAGCAGCCUGGGUGCGUGCUGGGUGCAUGCACCCUCUAGCAGCCCGGGUGCGUGCUGGGUGCAUGCACCCUCUAGCAGCCUGGGUGCGUGCUGGGUGCAUGCACCCUCUAGCAGCCUGGGUGCGUGCUGGGUGCAUGCACCCUCAAGCAGCCUGGCCUGGGUGCGUGCUGGGUGCAUGCAUGCACCCUCUAGCAGCCUGGGUGCGUGCUGGGUGCAUGCACCCUCUAGCAGCCUGGGUGCGUGCUGGGUGCAUGCACCCUCUAGCAGCCUGGGUGCGUGCUGGGUGCAUGCACCCUCUAGCAGCCUGGGUGCGUGCUGGGUGCAUGCACCCUCUAGCAGCCUGGGUGCAUGCUGGGUGCAUGCACCCUCUAGCAGCCUGGGUGUGUGCUGGGUGCAUGCACCCUCUAGCAGCCUGGGUGCGUGCUGGGUGCAUGCACCCUCUAGCAGCCUGGGUGUGUGCUGGGUGCAUGCACCCUCUAGCAGCCUGGGUGUGUGCUGGGUGCAUGCACCCUCCAGCAGCCUGGGUGCGUGCUGGGUGCAUGCACCCUCUAGCAGCCUGGGUGCGUGCUGGGUGCAUGCACCCUCCAGCAGCCUGGGUGCGUGCUGGGUGCAUGCACCCUCUAGCAGCCUGGGUGCGUGCUGGGUGCAUGCACCCUCUAGCAGCCUGGGUGCGUGCUGGGUGCAUGCACCCUCUAGCAGCCUGGGUGCGUGCUGGGUGCAUGCACCCUCCAGCAGCCUGGGUGCGUGCUGGGUGCAUGCACCCUCUAGCAGCCUGGGUGCGUGCUGGGUGCAUGCACCCUCUAGCAGCCUGGGUGCGUGCUGGGUGCAUGCAUCCUCUAGCAGCCUGGGUGCGUGCUGGGUGCAUGCACCCUCUAGCAGCCUGGGUGUGUGCUGGGUGCAUGCACCCUCUAGCAGCCUGGGUGCGUGCUGGGUGCAUGCACCCUCUAGCAGCCUGGGUGUGUGCUGGGUGCAUGCACCCUCUAGCAGCCUGGGUGUGUGCUGGGUGCAUGCACCCUCUAGCAGCCUGGGUGCGUGCUGGGUGCAUGCACCCUCUAGCAGCCUGGGUGUGUGCUGGGUGCAUGCACCCUCUAGCAGCCUGGGUGUGUGCUGGGUGCAUGCACCCUCUAGCAGCCUGGGUGUGUGCUGGGUGCAUGCACCCUCUAGCAGCCUGGGUGCGUGCUGGGUGCAUGCACCCUCUAGCAGCCUGGGUGCGUGCUGGGUGCAUGCACCCUCUAGCCGCCUGGGUGUGUGCUGGGUGCAUGCACCCUCUAGCAGCCUGGGUGCGUGCUGGGUGCAUGCACCCUCUAGCAGCCUGGGUGUGUGCUGGGUGCAUGCACCCUCUAGCAGCCUGGGUGUGUGCUGGGUGCAUGCACCCUCUAGCAGCCUGGGUGCGUGCUGGGUGCAUGCACCCUCUAGCAGCCUGGGUGUGUGCUGGGUGCAUGCACCCUCUAGCAGCCUGGGUGUGUGCUGGGUGCAUGCACCCUCUAGCAGCCUGGGUGUGUGCUGGGUGCAUGCACCCUCUAGCAGCCUGGGUGCGUGCUGGGUGCAUGCACCCUCUAGCAGCCUGGGUGUGUGCUGGGUGCAUGCACCCUCUAGCAGCCUGGGUGCGUGCUGGGUGCAUGCACCCUCUAGCAGCCUGGGUGCGUGCUGGGUGCAUGCACCCUCUAGCAGCCUGGGUGUGUGCUGGGUGCAUGCACCCUCUAGCAGCCUGGGUGUGUGCUGGGUGCAUGCACCCUCUAGCAGCCUGGGUGUGUGCUGGGUGCAUGCACCCUCUAGCAGCCUGGGUGUGUGCUGGGUGCAUGCACCCUCUAGCAGCCUGGGUGUGUGCUGGGUGCAUGCACCCUCUAGCAGCCUGGGUGCGUGCUGGGUGCAUGCACCCUCUAGCAGCCUGGGUGCGUGCUGCUGCUCCAGGGUCACCAGACGCGCGUGCUGCUGCUCAGUCCUCCCACCUCACCAGACGCCCCAGUGCAGUUACCAACAUGCGUGCUGUUGCAGGCUACCCCACGUGGAAGGGGCGGAUACUGGAUGGGGAGGGGAGCAGAGCAGCUGUGGGCGCUGAUAGAGGGGGGCAGAUUCUGGAUGGAGAGCAGCUGUGGGCGCUGAUAGAGGGCCUGGAGGCCAAUGGGCUGCUCUUCUACACGCACCUGCUCACCGGCUACAUCGGGUCGCUCUCCUUCCUGAAAACUGUUCUACGGGUUGUGGAGAAGCUAAGAUCAUCAUGCUGCUGCUGCUUUUCUCGCAUCUACCCAUCUCUCUGCCCGUCCUCCGCUUGUCUCACAUCCCCACAUCGAUCCGAAUGGGCUUGUCUCACAAAGGCUGCCUCCAUCCGCAUCGCUGCUUUCCCUUUCCAUCUCUCUCCAUACCACCUCUCUUCUCCUCACCGUAAUGGACCUCUCAAAGGCCUGCUGCCUGCUCCCCUCUCUCCCCCUCACCCAUUCUCUGCCUCCCAUCCCUCUCCAGUUUCCUUCCUCGCCCCAAUCUCUCUCCCCCAAUGUCUCCUCCCCAUCCCUUCUCUCCCCGUCACAGUGUGCGAUCCAGUGAUGGGGGACGACGGUCGUCUCUACAUUCGCCCCGAGCUCGUCCCCAUCUACCGCCACCAGGUGCCACCUCCUCUUGCCGUAAGCGUGUUCUGCGAGGUGGUCCCAGUGGCGACGCUCAUCACGCCAAACCAAUUCGAAGCAGAGCAGCUCACAGGCCUCAGCAUCCGGACUCAAGCAGACGCCAUCACUGCAUGUGACAUGCUGCACGCAGCAGGGCCCAGAAAGCAACGCUCCCAGCUGGUGAUGGCGGAGGGGAUUGGUUUUGCAUGGGCAAGGCCCUCUCUUAAACCUGCUCCAUCCCUUUCAACCGCUUUCAACCACUCCGUUCAGGUGGUGAUCACAAGCAUGGAGGUGGAUGGGCGGCUGCUGGUAGUGGGGAGUGACGCCAGCAGCCCUGCUGGAGAGGAGGUGAGUGAGGUGAGGCGGCAUGAGGGUAUCUGUCUGGUGGUGGAGGUGUGCUUUGAGUCACCAGGUGUCCAACCACUCAAUCACAUCUGCUUGGCGUGA